AUUCCUGUCACAUGGGUUUGCCUCCAUCAUCUCUACAGAGAGGCGAAUGAAAACCCACAGCUGGAGUAAACAGCUUGUACUUCAGUUUGGUCCUCUGCUUCCCAGGAGAGCUUCAUUGCCAGAGGAGCUACACUUCAGGUUGACAGGACAGGGUUUGGUGCUGUAGUGUUACAUGGUAAGAAGCUAAACGGACAAAGGGGAUCUUAAGUGAUGAAGGGUACCCAAGACCUUCGUCACAGGCUUGCCCAGCAUGAUGCUCUAUCUGACUCCAACACUGAAGACUCCUUGGAGGGAUUGGAUAGCCAGGAGUUGCUGCUCAGGGCCUUGCCCUGCUCCAUGAAGGAGAAACGUCUCCUCAGGUCCAGGAUGAGGCAGCUGAGAGCAUCUGCUGGGAGAGAUGUGUCCAGCUGGGUAGCCUGGAGAAAAAGACAAUCCUGGGCCCACAAACAGCUUCAAGAAGGAAUUUGGAACCUUGUCAGGAUCUUCCAGCUCUGGAAGGCUCCCCUAGAUGAGAUUGGAGGGAACUUUGGUCCUGGUAUCCAGUCCUAUUUCACGUUCCUGAGGUUCCUGCUCUUCAUCAACUUCCUGGCUGUGCUAUUGGCCACAGGCUUCAUACUGUUGCCAGUUACUAUUACACAAGAGAUUACUGUCUUUCAUACAGGUCUGGGUGCAGAGCCUGAAUGCAUGAACUACAGUAGUGACGUGAGUCAUCGAUCUGCCUGGCAACGCUUCCAGGAUAUCUUCACUGGGAAAGGCCCUCUGGAGCAUUCCUACCUGUUUUAUGGUGCUUAUCAUGUGAAACAGGAUAGGAACAACCACUACAAUGUACACUUAGCCUACCUACUUAGCAUCCUGGGAUACUUGUUUGCCUGCUUCAUUUGGAUCCUCCGGCGGAUUGUAGCCAACUUGGUGCAGUGGCAGAUGCUACGGUGGGAAUUUAAGCCAUGCGUCAACGCCAGGAUCUUCACUGAGUGGGAUUUCUGCAUCCAAAGCCCAGAGGCAGCCACUCUCAAACAGAGGAAUAUUUACAAUGGCCUAAAGAUAGACCUAGCGGAGCAGAUCCGGCAUUUGCAGAACCAACAACGCACACGGAAGCAGCUUGCUCAGCUCUACCUGCUGCGCCUGCUGAUCAAUGGUGUCAUCUUACUACUGAUGGGAGCUGCUUUCUACUGUAUCCAUGUGGCUACGGAGAUUUCCCAGGGCUACAGUCAAGAGGAUGCUGCCAGCCUUGGUGUAUUGAGUCAGUACCUGCCACCUGUGGUCAUCUCUGUAGUGAAUAUUCUCUUGCCCUUACUUUUCCAUAUCCUGGCUCAAUUGGAGGGCUCCUCUCCCAAUACUGAAGUCAAUCUCACCCUAGUCAGGUGUGUAAUUCUGAAAUUGUCCAGCUUGGGAAUGUUCCUGUUCUUCUUGGGCCGUAGAGUGCUGUGCAUAGGGAAUAGGAGUGCUCUUCAGUGCCAGCAGUGUGGUUACAACAAACUCUAUCAGUGCUGGGAAACUCAUAUAGGACAAGAGAUGUACAAGAUGACCCUCUUCAGUUUCUUGACCACCUUGGCAUCUGCCUUCCUUAUCAGCCCGCUCCGGAGGCUGCUCACUAAGCAUUCCUCCUGCUCACUCGUUCAGUGGCUUGGCAAAGAAGAGUUCCUGGUGCCCCAUAAUGUGCUGGAUAUUGUAGCAGGUCAAACAGUCAUCUGGAUUGGGAUCUUCUUCUGCCCACUUCUGCCUUUGCUUGGCUGUGUCUUCACCUUCCUUAUAUUCUACAUAAAAAAGUACACCCUGUUGCAGUACUGCCAGCCUUCAACUCAGCUGUUUCGAGCAUCCCAUUCUAAAUUCCUCUUCCAGAUCAUGCUACUCCUAGGCCUGUUCCUGGCCUACACUCCUCUGGGCUAUGUCAUCAGCAGAGUCUCUCCAUCCCAAGCUUGUGGGCUCUUUACUAACUAUUCCACUCCAUGGCAGGCAGUACCUGAGGCUUUGUCCCAUUUACCCAUGUCAGCACAGCUUGUCUUGAGCUAUGCCACAUCCAAUGUCUUUUGUUUCUCACUUCUGAUGCUGCUCAGCCUCAUCCUUACAGUGUACAUUUCUCAGGUGCAGGCAAACAGACAAGUCACUGAAAGGCUCAAGAGACAAUGUGUGCUGUGUGUCCAGGAGAAAUGGUGUUUGGUGAGAGAGCUGGCUCAGCUGCUGGUGGAACUACCAUGAAUCUGGGGCAGAAAGCCCUUCAGAGGAAGGGACCUUCCAGUGGCAGGACUAUAGGCAGAUGGCAAUAGGAGAAAAAUUGUCUUGCUUCUGAGGAAAGCAGAGAUCACAGAAUGGUUGGGGCGUACCUGGACUAAAGGAGCAAGAGACGCCCUGGCCCUGUUUUGAACAUUAUAUGCAAGAAGUCCUCAUUUCCCUGUGAGCACCAGUUGGCACCAGACCUGCUCUGUCAUACCCUUUAUCUAUAUAUUUUAAAUAGAUACAAUACCUGUUUUCACACUGUGCAUACAGGUUCCUUUUUGUACCUAAUAUUGGAUCUUUCCUGUGAGUUGCUGUAUCUGUUUGGCUGCUCUCAUAUUAGGUUUUGCAAGGCUGCUACUGUACAUUGGAAACGUAUGUGGCAAAAAAAUUUGACCCUUAUGAUGUCAGUUAGAAAAAGUUUCUAUAUCGCUAAUUUGAAAAAUGUGUAAGUUGAGCAUGUUACCACUCCUUAUGGAAGUGGUGUCCUUACUUGAUCUCUUAGUGCAGUAAUGCAAAUUAAAACAAAUUCAUAUAUUUUGGCUACUAAAAGUCACUG